AUGGGGAGGCAGAAGAAGGAAGCAGUUACUAAUGGGGCUGCGCAGAAGCCAAACAACCUGAGAAGCAGAGCUGUAGCAACAAGCGAUGGUAGCGUCAUGUUUUUUCCAGCCGCUGCAUCUCUCCCUACUGUCUCUGGUUCUAGCUAUAAAGGCCACCAUCACAGUGGUGGUGGACAUCACGGUCAUGGUGGAGGAGGCGGCGGACAUCACGGUCAUGGUGGAGGAGCAGGGUGUGGCGGCGGUGGAGGUGAUGGUGGUGGUGGUGGUGAUGGAGGUGGCGGAGGAGGAGGAGGAUGUGGAGGAGGAGGAGGUGGAGGCUGCAGUUAG